AUGGCUACGGAAGAAGCUGCCGUACAGAAGCUUCAGUCAUGGCUCAACAAGAAAACCCGCGUACAUGCCUCUGACGGGCGUAUUUUCGACGGAAAGUUUGUCUGCGUCGAUCGGGAUCAGAACGUCAUCCUUGCGGAUACAGAUGAGUACCGGAUCGAAAAGCCGGAAGAGAAGCGAUUUAUGGGUCUUGUCGUUGUUCCUGGGAAGCAUAUCACCAAGUUCGAGAUUCAGCAGCUGGAUCCCGAUGCGAAAGCUUGA